UGCGUGUAUCUGUCUGUACAGGACAUGUUGGCUGAGAGGUCUCGUAGACUUGCAGAGAGGAGAGCGAGGAUCAACGCAAAAGCAGCCGCCAAAAAGGACAAGAGCACUGCUUUUGUCAUCACCUCUGCCAGCGACACGGACGCCAUCGUUCCCAGGGACUCGGAGAAGGCGCAGGCUUUGGAGAAACGUCUGAACAGGAGGAGAGAACGCGUGGCGAAGAGGACCACCGCGGAAGACCUGGAGGAACAACAGGCGUUAGCAGCUGAACGCAGGAGGGAGAAUCGGGAGAAAACUGCACAGAAGUUGCAACGAUCCAGAAUGACCAGCUGGGAAAAGGCAGGGGAGUGGCUCGGCUUGAAAGACCCGUAAAAUGUUUUCUACACUCACUGUUAUAUUUUAAAAACUUCAGAGAAGAAAAGUACAUGUUUUCAC